GCGCCGACAGACACGUGGUUUCAUCCGGCAGCUUCCUGCUUUGAGUUCGUAACGGAGAGCCAGAUCUCCGCGGACAAAAGCAACGAGAAUCCGGCCGACUCUCGCUUCCGCAACCCGUUACCAGUCUGUCGUCGUUCCUGCAGCGUUAUCAGUGACCUGAGAGGUCAGGGAUGAGCGCUGCGAGGACAGAAGAUGCCGUCGACGGGAAGAGCGCCGCUAACGGAGGAGGACCGGUGCGUCCGGAGGGAGGCGUCACCAUCCUCAGGCCUACGGAUCUCUCAGAGAUGCUGGCGGCGGGAACCAAAGACGUUCACGAGAAGGCCGAAAACACGGAGUUCGUCAAAGACUUUCUGAGAGGACGCAUCCGCAAAGAGCUCUUUAAGCUCGGUCACGUGGCUCUGUACUUCACGUACUCCGCCAUGGAGGAGGAGCUGGAGAGAAACAAGGAUCACCCCGACCUGGCGGCGCUCUACUUCCCUCACGAGCUGCACCGGCGGGACGCUCUGGCUCGGGACCUGCAGUACUUCUACGGCGAGGACUGGCAGGACCAGACGGGCCCGUCUCCGGCCACCCGGCGCUACGUGGAGCGCAUCCGGCAGAUCGGCCGCGAGCAGCCCGCGCUUCUGGUGGCUCACGCUUACACCCGCUACAUGGGAGACCUGUCGGGCGGCCAGGUGCUCAGGAAGGUGGCCCAGCGCGCCAUGAAGCUGCCGGCCACAGGAGAGGGCCUGAGCUUCUACCAGUUCGACGGCAUCCACAGCGCCAAGGCCUUCAAGCAGCUGUACCGCAGCCGGAUGAACGAGCUGGAGCUGGACUCGCACACCAAGCAGAAGAUCGUGGAGGAAGCCGUCCUGGCCUUCCACUUCAACAUGGAGAUUUUUGGAGAACUGGAGGAGGUUGGAAAAACCCUUGAGGACGAUGUUUUGGACGCCGGUCCUGCUCACGGCGCUCACGGAGAGAUGCAAGGAGACGUCAGCCAGUGUCCGUAUUAUGCGGCCAAGAUGGCCGCCAGCGGGGGAUCGUCUUACGUCUGUCAGAUGGCCGUGACCAUGCUUAGAAACCCCUCCGGUCAAGUCCUAUUGGCUGCCUGGAUCGCCGCUCUCGCCGGAUUGGCCGCGUGGUACCUCAUGUGAUCUCCCGUGAGCCAAUGAGAGAAAGGAAACGCUCCAAUAACGGACGAGAUCAAAUGGUUUGCGCCGCUUUAAGGUCUUUGCGGCACCCCGAAGCAUUUCCCUCUUAGCGCGUCCCGUUUGCCCCCUCGCUCGCGGGUGAACGUGAUUUAUUCUCCGUGUAUGAACGUAGACUGUUUAAACGCAGGAUAGCGUAGGGUUUUUACUGUCGCACCGGUCAGUGUUGAUGAAGUCAAAAGAACGGGUCAGCCGUAAAUCAAACUUUGAAAAUGCCCUCAUCCUCGGGCCGCUCGCUCUUCAACGGAUUGCUCUGCAGAGAAUGGGUGCCGUCAGAAUCAGUGCGAACGGCUUCAAAAUCCACCAGCGGUUGUUUUUGGACCGUCUUUCUGUUUGAUCUUUGCACAAGACGAGAGAAAGCGAUGAUCUUUAUGGCUUUUCAAGUUAAAAAAUGAUGCAUUUGUUUCUUUCCUUUGCGUUUUUAUUUCAAGACGUUAACCGACGGACUGUUUUUAGCGGCUGCUUUGACCCUCAUUCUGACGGCACCCAUUCGCUGCAGGGCAUCCGCUGAUGAGCGAGUGAUGCAUUUCUCCAAAUCGAUUCUGAUCUGUAUCUUUUAUAGCCGAACGGUGAGUAAAUUUUCAGUUCGGGUCCACUCGUUUAAGGCUGGAGAAGAGCUUUUAUAUAUACAGCAUUCACUCAGACGAGCAGUACUUCCGCUGAGAGUUCAGAACGUAAAAGACGGAGGGGCUCGCGCAUUUUAAAGUCGUUUUUUGUGUUCUUGCGCUACGGGCUCGGCUUUCAGGGUCGUUCUACGCAGACGGUUUAAGCACAAGAUUUUCCGGGUUUUCAAUUUGCUUUUCAUUUCGACACAAUUUCUCCGAAUUGUGGGUCAAUAAAUCACUUUUAUUGCAUUUUUUUUUUUUUUUUUUU